AUGUUGCCGCCUUCAGUUGUGCUGCCCCCGGUGCCUAGUGAGCCUGGCAUUGACAUUCCGGCUGCGCCAUACUUCUUUUUGGAUAUCUGUUCUGGGGCACAUUCUCCUUUGGCUUCAGCUGCGCAGCGGCGGGGCAUCCCGGCCUUAGCAAUUGAUGUGCUGAUAAAUGUAGACCACGACUUGUGCAAUGUGAUAUUUUUCGAGCGGUUGCUUCGCCUAGCGUUCAGCGGCAAGGUUCGUUUUGGCCACGGUAGUCCUCCGUGUUGCGAGUAUUCCCUGUUAAAACUCUUGCCUGGGCCUGGCCCUGCGCCUUGUAGGUCACCUGAGCACUUGAAUGGUUUUCCGUGGAAUGAUGCCGCGGCCAAUGAAAGGGUGGAAUCCAGCCGCUUGAUCCUGACGCGCACUAUUCUGCUUUUGCAUGCCGUGUACCAAGCUGGCGGACAUGUGUGUUUGGAGCAGCCACGCAACGCAAUGUCCUGGCUCGAACCAGCGACGCAAGGUUUUCUGCUGGAUAUUUCCGCGGAUCUGGUUGUAGUUGCAGCGUGCGCCUUUUCCAUGGAUUUCAAAAAGCAUUGGAUGUUUGCGACCAGCUGGCGGGCGAUGCAGGCCCUGCAAUCUGUGUGUGCGCGUCCCAAGGACUUCCACCAGCCUUUUGCUGGCCAGAUUUCAUCGUCAGGGCAAUUCGUGUCGCGGGAAACUGCUGAGUUCCCUGAGCCUUUGGCUGCCAGUUAUGUGGAGUUGAUGGACCCUCUUUUCCCCUCCAAGGUGAGGGCGACGGCCUUCUCGUUGCAAGCUGCUUUGUCCUCUGUCCCCGCUCUGCCCUAUGAUUCUUUCCCACGGGCAAGUCAAGAUGGGGGUGGCAUCUAUUCUGUCCCCGACUGGGCUACGCCCCAGCCAGGUGUUUCGGAUUCCUUCAAAAGCUUGCGCGCUGAUCUCCGGGCCCUGCUUUUGCAAUGGCGGGUGCCAAUGCGGCUUCGGCAAUUUGUGGCCGAUCGUCAUGCUCAGCCUUUGUUUUCUGAGCCCGAGGUUCAGCAGCUGCGCCGCUGCUGGGAGUCCUGGUUCCGUAGCAAGGGUUUUUCAGAAGGGGUGGACUGGAGUGUGGAUUCGGGUCAGCCUUAUGCGUUGCGUGCUUUAGCGCUCUUGGCUAAGUCCUUGCAAGAUCGGGAUGUUGCUCUCUGGCCAGCGUUGCAGCAAGGCGUUCCUGCCGGGGUGGCUGGGGACAUCCCGGCUAGCAACACGUUCAUUCCAGUGCCCCACUCGCGCAAUGACAUGGAUGAUGCGGACUUCCAGAUCUGUUCCGGGAAUUGGCCAGGGGCCGAACAGCACCCUGAACUCCUUGACAAGAUGAUUCAAGCAGAGGUUUCCGCCGGCUAUCUUGAAUGCAUUGAAUCCCUCGAGGAGGCCCGCCGCCGCUGGCCUCACGUGGCGGUUGGCAAAGCCAACAUCGUCCAAGUUGUUGGCCGUAAGCCCAGGCUUAUCAUUGACCCCACUGUGUCAGGCUCUAAUUUUUCUUUGAACCCCGUGGUGUGGCAGCGCAUCGCUGAUUUCCUGGACGAUCAAAUGUGCUUCAAGGCAACCCCCCCUGGCACCAGCAUUCGCCCGGGCUCCAGAUUGCUCAGUGUUCGCCAUGUGGACAUCCAUUCCUUGGAUGACCUUCGUUUGGUGCGUGCUACUGGCAAGCGCCUGUGGGCUAGAAUUGCAGACCCAACAACUGCCAAGCGUAAGUUGUCCUUGGCUAGCCGGCAAUUCCUCCUUUUCUGGAAGGCAUGGUGCUUGCGCCCUCAGACUUUCAGACCGCUGUCUUUGCCACCCUUUCAGCCAGACGUUACUCUUGCAGCAGAUGCUCGUACGCAAGGCACUGUUGUGGGCAUUGGUGGUUGGCUUGCUUUUCACGGCCAGCAGCGUGUGUGGUUCUCAGAGUCUUUUCAGGUCUCUGAGUUUCAAAGCCUUGGCAUUCCAGUCAGUGACGAUGCCAACCUGGAUAUUGUUUCGUAUGAGACUUUGGCCCAGAUAGCGUUGGUGGUUGCCUUUGCUUCCGUCUGUACAGGCGGCCGCCUGCGGGUGGCCAUUCCGAGCUGGACGGACAAUUCUGGCACAGAAGCUGCCUGUGCCAAACUUUUUACAACUGCCUCUCCACUCUGUUAUUUUGCUCAACGCUUGGCAACUUUGGCCUGGAACACAUGUGUGACCCUGGACACUUCUCAUAUUGCGGGAUGCCACAACGAGUCAGCUGACUGGCUCAGCCGUUGGGAUGGGUCGGAGGAGCUCCCGGCUGUUUUCUUGCCUGACCUACGGGUUCGUUGUCGCCUGCCGGCUCUGUGGGAGGGCGAGAAAGACGUGCGUGUUUUCCCUCCGGACGCGCAGCUCUCUUGGCAACCCCCGUGUUGUUCAGUUCUGCCUUAG